CAGAUUCUUUGAAGAAGGUGUGAGAACUUAAAGGCCCUGCAGGAGUCAAGGCACCUGGAUUCCAGAGCUUCCACGUUAAGACCAUGGCUGAGCCCAGUGACAACUCUCUGAGGAUUGUUCUGGUAGGGAAAACAGGAAGUGGAAAGAGCGCCACAGCAAACACCAUCCUGGGGCAAAAGAGAUUUGCUUCUAGAAUCGCACCCCAUGCUGUCACCCAGACCUGUCAGAGUGACUCCCGCAGGUGGAAGGAAAGAGAACUCCUGGUUGUUGAUACCCCAGGGCUCUUCGACACCAAGGUAAAACUGGAAACCACCUGCAUUGAAAUCAGCCGGUGUGUCCUCCAGUCCUGCCCUGGGCCUCAUGCCAUCAUUCUGGUUCUGCAACUGAACCGCUUCACGGUGGAAGAGCAAGAAACUGUUAUCAGGAUCAAGGCUAUCUUUGGGGAGGAAGUCAUGAAGUACAUGAUUGUCUUGUUCACCCGCAAAGAUGAUCUGGAAGACCAGAGCUUAAGCGACUUCAUUGCCGACUCAGAUGCAAACCUGAAAAGCAUCAUCAGGGAGUGUGGCAAUCGCUGCCUGGCCAUCAAUAACAAAGCAGAGAGGGCUGAGAGGGAAACGCAAGUGCAGGAGCUGAUGGGGCUUGUAGAAACCCUGGUGCAGAACAAUGGUGGACUCUACUUCUCCCAUCCCGUAUACAAGGACGCGGAGCAAAGGCUGAAGAAGCAAGUGGAGAUCUUGAGGAAAAUUUACACUGACCUACCACAGAAGGAGAUUAGAAUAGUGGAGGAGGAGUAUGCUCUUGGGAAAUUUAGUGCUCAGGAAAGAGAGGAAAAAAUACAAGCCAUUAGGGAAAAUUACAAUCUGAAGAUAAGAAACCUUCGUGAGGAAGCAGAGAAGAACAUAUUCAACCAGAUUUUUGAAGAAGUUAAGAAAGUUCUUUUGAAAAUAUGGCAUCUUUUUUCAUAAGCAGUCUGCAUUUUUUCACUUCUUCUGAGCAUUUUUCCACCUCACUACUUACUACUUUCCCUGCUGACCCUUUCCUAACAGCCAUCGGCAGAUUUAAGAGAUAGCAAAGCCAGGGAUUCAGUGUACCAGAGUCAGGGCUCAGUGCCAGGCUCCAAGGCUGAAUCACACUCGGCUCUCAGCUCCCAACGCUAGCCUGUCCUGCCUUUCCCACUAUGAUGCACUGAAAUGCCUCUGUAACCAUGAGCCCAAAUAAACACUGCUUCCCUUAA